AUGGGUUGCGUCUUUGGUCGUCACUGUGAUCCAGGAGUGCCGGACUCAUCCGUUCGCUACAGAUGGCACGUGGAUGCUUUCAUUCUUGACGAUGGAACUAAUUCGGAAAUCCGUCGAGGUGGAAUUGUCUAUGUCGCCGAUGAGAACAUUGUCUACCGUCCGAGACGCUUCGACUGCUCCAAGAAGGGCGGAUCAUACACUGCCGAGAUUCUUCAGGUCCAGAAGACAAGUAAAGGAAAGACAUACACACCGGAUUCAAGCAAAAAUCAACGAACGAUCAAACGAAAUAUCAUCUGGAUCGAGGUGAUGGAGGGCGAGAUUGCUCAGACAAUGGGAUUGGUCACUGUUGGAGACGUUCACAAGAUCUACGAUGAUAUUUGCGACAUUAUCUCAAAACAUCGCGAGCGACCGAAGAUCGUCCAGUACAACUCCAUCGACAUUGAUGGAGUUGAAAUCGAUCCAGUCUAA